CUUACGCACUCACGUACUGUUCUUUCUCCUUUUCUCUCGUAACUCCGCCUCCGCCUCUCUCGAUGGCCUCGUCAUCUGGAUCUACCCCUGCCCGCCCGUUCGAUGCAGAACUGAGAGAUACUCCCAGCAGCCGAUCGAAAGGCGUUCUAAUGAUCACCCCUCGGCCCAGAAAGAAGCGUGAGGAUGAGCGGGGCAAUCUGUGGCCGAGAACAAAACACAACUCCGGUCUGGUAAAGAGAAGCAUCAAAAUGCCCGUUCAGGCCAGUCAUGUCCUAAAUUCACGGAUCUUGAGCAUCAGCACUAUCACUUCUUUACCACACUGUCUCGACUCUGCUCGCAAGGCGACUUCAGAGCAGGCAAAGGUAGGCAAGCUCGACCAUUUUAUCGCCCCCAUUCUCGCUCUCUGGCCGAGUUUCGCACUAUUCUUCUGCUCCCGCUCAUAACGGGCGGACUACAAAAAGCCUCCUGUCACUCGUAUACAACGACUGAAGGUACAACUUCCCAGAUACAGCUACACAUCCAAGCAAGCAUCUUCAUCCAGUCUCAGUCAACAUGUCGUCCUUCCCCAUUUCCACCGCCCUCGUGCCCCCUAAAUUCCUACAAUCAGCCUUCCUAACCGGCAGGAUCCCCUUCCGACUCUCUCGCUCCCACCCCAGCGUCUCCUACACGCUCUACAUCCCUUCUCACGCAUAUAAUCCAGACCCGUCACGCUCCUCGCAGGAACCACCAUACAAUCUGCCUCGCCUCCCCCUAGUCGUCACAAUCCACGGCACAAGCCGCGACGCCGAAGCCUGCCGAGACCGCCUUAGGGAGUUCGCCGACAAACACCACGUCGCCGUCCUGGCCCCUUUCUUCCCUGCUGGAAUCACUUCCGCACUCGAUCUAGACAGCUACAAACUCCUGCGCACUCCCACCUUCAACUCCGACCGGAUCCUCCUCUCCAUCAUUGACGACGAAAUCGCUCAGAUCUGGCCCGGUAUAUCCACUUCGCGCUUCUUCCUGACAGGCUACUCCGGCGGCGGCCAAUUCGUCCUGCGUAUGCUGUAUAUUCACCCAUCGCGUCUUCACGCCGUGUCGAUCGGUGCGCCAGGUCGACCCACCUUCCUCGACGAGAAUGAACCGUGGCCAAGGGGCAUCGGUAAUCUCGAAACAAUCUUCGGAGACGGGACGAAGAUCGACAUCGAUGCGAUCCGCGCGGUCAAGGGUAUUCAACUCCUCGUUGGGAGCGAGGAUAACUUCAUUCACGGCGGCGAGGAGUUUAUGGGCUUCCUUGAGCAAUUCAAGGCGAAGAUGCGCGAAAGCGGCGCUGCAGAUCAGCAGGCUGCUCUCGAUCCGAGUCUAGGUGGAAUGAAGGAGGGAAGGCUGGAUGGUUUGACCAAGUUGCGAGACUCGUGGAAGGACCGUGGUAUUGAGGCGAGGUUCGACGUUGUGCCCGGUGUCGCACAUGACUCGAGUAAGAUGUCCUCUACAGUCAUGGAAUUUCUGCUGCCGCAGAUUGAAGACUUUCAGCAGCAGCAGGUGAGGUCAUGAUUCAGAUUGGGCAGGUCAGUCCCGUGAACCUUUUUCGUGUUUCUUUUCUUGAAAUACUCGUUCCCUCCGGUCCUCAUUUACUCAUCACAACAUUGCCACCAAAUUGUCCUGUUCCACAAUUUCUCUUGGUCUCAUCCAUCUAAGUGGACAUUGUUUUGAUUCCACAGUCCUGCGAAAAGUGUACGGCACUCAAGACAUUGAUCUUGUUUCCAUUUUCGGGCGCAGAGCUAUUCAUUUGACUCUUUCACUCGGUGAAGACAUAAGCCCCAGCACAAUGAC